CCACCCACCUUUAUUGAAGCAGGGACUUCCUGUGACAGUUCAUUUCCUGGUUGGAUGGAGCUGGAGGAGGCGGGGGGGGGUGAUUGGAGUCAGAUCAGCCCUGUAAUGGUCUCUGGUUAUCAGCUGCUGUUCGCCUCCUUUAAGUGGCAAUGUUACCUUAUAACCAUGUUCCACCCAGUGCCGGCAGACAGGCUGCAGCCGUGGUAACGCUGUGGCUUAGCUGCUAGCGACAGCCACCCCUUUGGCUCCUAGGUGUGUGUGUGUGGGGGGGGGUUUACAUGGAAUCAUUAGCUGCCCAGGAAGAGGUCUAAAUCUGACCAGCUCUGCCUGCCAGGAGGGGGGGGGAAAAAGGCAUCUGCCCUACUUCAAACAAAUCACCACUAGGAGUGGAUUAUUUUUAUUGGCUGGAAUCAAGAAGGUGGGGGGAAAUUGGACCUUGAAAAAUAACAUCACCUUUAAUCGUAAUAGAAUUAUAUCUCCGGAGAGAUGAAGAAGUUUUUUGACUCUCGUCGAGAGCAGGGCGGUUCUGGCCCUGGCUCUGGUACCAGUGGAGGAAGCGGCAGUAACACGGUGGCAGGGAGUGGGUACAUUGGCAGGGUGUUCCAUAUUGGGAGAUACCAGGUGACGGUGGAUGAAGUGCUGGCUGAAGGUGGAUUUGCUAUCGUGUUUCUGGUGAGGACUAACAAUGGGAUGAAAUGUGCCCUGAAACGAAUGUAUGUCAACAAUGAGCACGAUUUGCAAGUCUGCAAAAGAGAGAUUCAGAUCAUGAGGGAUCUAUCCGGACACAAGAACAUUGUUGGAUACAUUGAUUCUAGUAUAAACUCUGUGAGCAGUGGUGAUGUGUGGGAAGUCUUGAUUCUAAUGGACUUUUGCCGGGGAGGCCAGGUGGUGAACCUGAUGAACCAACGCUUGCAGACAGGAUUCACAGAGAAUGAAGUCUUGCAGAUCUUUUGCGACACCUGUGAAGCCGUAGCCAGGUUGCACCAGUGUAAAACGCCUAUAAUCCACAGGGAUCUGAAGGUUGAAAAUAUCCUGCUCCAUGAUCGUGGCCAUUAUGUCCUGUGUGACUUCGGAAGUGCCACCAACAAAUUCCAGAACCCUCAAACCGAAGGAGUGAAUGCAGUGGAAGAGGAGAUCAAGAAGUACACGACACUGUCCUAUAGAGCACCAGAAAUGGUCAACCUGUAUAGCGGCCAACUUAUUACUACAAAAGCAGAUAUAUGGGCCCUUGGUUGUUUACUGUACAAAUUGUGUUACUUUACUUUACCCUUUGGGGAGAGUCAGGUGGCAAUUUGUGAUGGAAACUUCACCAUUCCAGACAACUCUCGCUACUCCCAAGACAUGCACUGUCUCAUACGGUAUAUGCUUGAACCAGACCCUGACAAGAGACCUGAUAUUUACCAGGUCUCUUACUUUGCAUUCAAGUUAACAAAGAGGGAGUGCCCCAUCCCAAAUGUACAGAAUUCUCCGCUGCCUGCUAAGCUCCCAGAACCAGUGAAAGCAAGUGAAGCAGCUGCAAAAAAGAGCCAGCCAAAGGCCAGGCUGACUGAUCCCAUUCCUCCAAUGGAAACAUCCAUAGCUCCACGUCAGAGACCUAAAGCAGGACAGACACAACCCAACCCUGGAAUUCUGCCUAUUCAGCCAGCCCUCACCCCUAGAAAGAGGCCCACAGCCCAAGCAGUCAUCCAACCACAAGUGGCAGGCCCUGCUGCUUUGGGUAGUGGCCAGCCCGCCCUUCCUGCAAGCGUUCAGCAGCCUAAAGCACCACCUCCGCAAGCUCAACCACAGCCUGCCCCUCAGCCCCAGCCCAAGCAGCCGCCCGCUCCUCAGCAGGCCCCAGUAGCCCCGUCGCCAGUCCCUUCUACUCAGCCGCAGGCCACCCCUCCGCAUCAGCAGCAGCUCUUCCUGAAGCAGCAGCAACAGCAGAUGAUGCAAGCCCAGCAGUACCCAGCGAUGCCGCAGCCAGCAGUGUCGCCGUUUCCAGUGAUCCAGCAGGGGGCGCCAGCGCAGCAGCAACUGAUGCAGAACUAUUACCAGCAGCAGCUGAUCGCCCAGCAGGCAGCCAUGCAGCAGAAGACGGCGGUCGCGGCGGCUCCGCCAAAGCAACAGGCUCCAAUGCCGCCCCAGCCGCAGGCUGCAGCCCAGCCCACACCUGGGCAGGAGCAAGUGAAGCAGGCCCCAAUAAGACAACAGCAAAAGCCUCAAACAACACCGCCUUCAGCUGUCCAGGGGCAAAAGCUGGGCUCCCUCACCCCUCCCUCCUCCCCCAAGACUCAGCGUGCGGGACACAGGAGGAUUCUGAGCGACGUGACGCACAGCGCGGUUUUCGGGGUCCCGGUCAGCAAAUCUACCCAACUCCUGCAGGCGGCUGCUGCUGAGGCCAGCCUCAACAAGUCCAAGUCUGCAUCCACAACACCAUCCGGCUCCCCUAGGACCUCGCAGCAGAAUGUCUACAACCCACCGGACGUCUCCACGUGGAACCCGUUCGAUGACGAUAACUUCUCCAAACUCACGGCGGAGGAGCUGCUGAACAAGGACUUUGCAAAACUGAGUGACGGUAAACCUCCAGAAAAGCUUGGUAGCUCCACAGAGAACUUGAUUCCAGGCUUUCAGCCAGCUCCAUCGACAACACAGGCAGAUGCUUUCACUUCCUCUUCCUUCACAGCCGGAUCAGCUGAAAAAACAAGAGACAUUCUGAGUCUGGACACUAGCCCUCCACUUCUGGCUAUGCCUGAUCCUUUCAUUCCUCUUCAGUUAUCCGACACACCAGGUUUGCAGAGAGAACAAGCUGUAUAUCCUGACCUAACGACUGAGCACAGUAAACUGUCUGCUGCUACCGAUGUACUUCCUCUGUACAAAGGCCAGCCUGAGAUGCUCGAAGCGAAAACUCAGCACAAUUCGGAAUCUGAUUACUUCACAAGAGGUGGGCCUUCAAGCAACAGUUCCUUCCACAGCAGUGAGGGAGAGGGGACAGACCAUGAGGUGGACAUCUUGGAUUGUAGUGGGUCCAGGCCUUUACUUAUGGACUCAGAAGAAGAAGAAGAGGAGUCCAGUAAGUUGCAAUCCACACUCAAGGAAAAAUGUAUGGCUUCCAAAGAAGAUUCCAAGCCCCAGCCUUCCCAGAGCCGGAGGGGGAAAGCUCUGUUUACAGCCUUUCAGCAGCAGUCCGGAGAGAUUUUCAAUGAGCCAGAUGUCUUUGCCACAGCUCCUUUCCGAAGCUCAAGAAUAGUGCAUGAUGAGCUGGACAUCUUUACCAAAGCUCCCUUCAUCUCCAAGAGCAAUGUGUCUGUCAGGCAGCCAGAAGAGGCAGAUGUAUUCCUACGUGCCCCUUUCACAAAAAAGAAAAGCUUGGAAGAGUUGACUUCUCAUAACGUUUCUAAGGAGCCUCACGCUCCAGCCUCUUUCCUAGGUCAAACUGGUGAUGUCCAACAUGUAGAUAACUUCAAGUUCCGAAACUUGGAUACAGGAACAUGCGGAUUGUCUGUCUCAUCUAGCGCUCAGUACUCCAGGGUAGGGUUUAUUCAGCCAGCCAACCUUCCGCCUCAUUCCAUAAGACCAGUAGAGACCCAAGAAGGCAUUCCUCCCAAAGGUACAUUUAAAGAUCAUGGUUGCAUUCCUAAUGAUAAAAACCAAGGACAUGCACUCCCCCAAGAAGCCGUCUUGGGUUCAAUGGUUAGUAAGCCUUUCCGUCCACAGUCUCUAUCAAAGUAUUCCCGUCACUACAGUCCGGAAGAUGGGCAGGGUCUGGAAGCCCAACCCAUAGCAGCAUACAAAGUGGUUUCUCAGACCAACAAACAGGCUAUCGCAGGAUCUGUCUCUAUUGCUUCUCUGUCUUCCAGGACUAAAGAGCUACCCAGCAUUGACCCAUUUGCUUCAGCACCCUUUCCUUCCAAAUCUGGAAAGCAAAAGCCUUAAACAGUCUGAGAGAAAUGGGGUGUGUGCAUAUCUCACAGGACCUUCAAUCUCUUAGUCGAAACAAGCAACAUAGCAAUAUUUUUUUCAAAUAUUAUUUGAUACUCAGUUAAGCCAUUUUAAGUUAUGUUAGAUAGUUUCAGGAUAUUGAAUGCCAGGCUCUCGAGGUUUUCCGCAUCCUUUUUGAGUUGCUGUUUUUCCCCAGUAUUUUUUUAGAUUCUUAUUUAAACCGGUAAUACUCCAUACUUUCUGGCUUCAGUGGGGGGAAAUCCAGCGGGGAUAAAAUGAAUUACCACUGAUACUAGCAUACAGUUAGGAUGCUAGAGCAAAUCAAUCAGGACAAGCUAAUGCUCUGGAGAAGAAAUGAGUUUGAAGUAGAAAGGUUGUCAUGAUUCUCUUCCCCCCUCCUCCCCACCCGGCCCCACCUCUUACCAAGGGGAAUUCUGGAAGAGACCAAAGGACAACUCUUCCCAACGGUUAAUCAAUGUCAUCACAAAAUCAGGAGCUGUAGAUUGGGAACUUGAUGAAGAGAGUGUGUGUGUGUGUGUUUAUCAUAUGCACGUGGAGUAAAAUUGACACGUGCCACUAGUCUGCCACAAGACCUCUGCACCAUAGAAGACCUGUUUUAAGUAUUGCAUAGGCCCUCUGUUGGCCUUCUUGCCUAUAGGCAGGUUUUACUCAUUGCAGAUGUAAUAGGCAAUUUUCACUGUCUGCAGGUGUAAUACAUGAAAAUGUAUCUUUCUAUGGACCUGAUCCAAAACCUGUUGAAGUCAAUGGAAGGACUUCAAUGAGCUUUGGAUCAGCUCUUUGGGAUCAGGUACGUAUGACUGGAAGUAUCGGCAUAGCAAUCUUUCAGACACAUUCUUCCUGUCACAUUUGGCUACGCUCCAGAAAUACCAUGAUCCUACUGUGUUACUAAGGAAAAGAACAGUCGCUUAGUAUUUAUAAUAUAAUUUAAAACGUUAGUGUAUCACACUUGAGUUUAGGGGAAAAUGUAGUUGUUUAGUGUGGAAGUUCAUUGUGAUAUUUGUCAUGUUACGGUUGGUGGCUGAGCAGGAGUACAGUUGACCUCUUCAGGAAUUGUUAGUCUCACAGUGUGCCUUUUCACACAGGAAGGAAAAAGGCAAGUAUCCUUAAUUAAUAAGUGCCCACAUUUAAUGGGAAGUACCAGGUAGCAAAGCAGUCCCUGUCAAAUCUGUUUUGUUUUUCAAGCUAUUUCACCCAAGAAAACACUUCUAAAUGUCGGACUAUAGGGAUGCUUUUGGCUGAUGAUCAUUAAUAGUGGUGUCCUUUUUUUAAAUGCCUGGUGUAUCCAGAGAAGCCACUCUCCUAGUGGACAUCCUAGAAGAGGGCGAUCUCGGGAAGGUCUCCACGACUCUCAUUUUCUAAGGGCCUGAUCCAAUGCCUAUUUGAAGUCAAUGGAGACAGUCCUGUUGACGCCAGUAGUCUUUGAGCUGGCUCUUAAAAGCGUAGCCAUGAUUUUGUUUCCAAUUUAAUUUGACAACUGAAUAAAAAUGACCUAGAGCUUUGCACUGAAAAUGAAGGGAAAAUUCUGCCCUUGGUUACACUCUCAACAUCUCCUUGAAUUCUCUGGCCUUGCACGGGGGAAAAUCUUAAGACAGCGUUGGUUUGCCGAGGUUUUAAAAGUUUGUAAAUAGAUGGUGUGGGACUGGUGUUAAGCUCUGCCAUCUUACAAGAUAGACAGGUCCUCCGAGAAACUGUUAGCUUUAUUGAACAGAGUAUGUAGCGGGGGGGUUCUCCUCUCUCACUGGUGUCAAUCAGUGUGUGACUUGUAAAUCCAGCAGAGUCUCACAAGUGUAAAGCUGGUGUAAAUGAGGGUAGAAUCGGGUCCCGUCAUUUAAACACAAAACUUUCCAGUCUCAUGGGAAACUGCUUUGCAAGAACUCAGACCUAUGACUUUGAGCUGCCAGGUGCCCAAAUAGCUGUUCAAGGAACAUAGAAGGUACAUUGAAACUACAUAUCAGCAGAUCUUUGCUAUGCAAAGCAAAACAUUUAGUCCUAUGGCUCACUGUUAACAUAACAGCCAGGGAGGGAGAAUUAGAACAAACUUGUCUGCCACCAAAUGGGAGAGGAUUAAUGAAACACAAUUCGUCUUCCCCUGCCCAACCCACACUGCAGUCAGAAUGACACGAGCCACAUUUUGCUGGUGGACUGGUGCAGCUCUGACUUCAGCGGGGCUGUACGAAAGUAACCAAGGGUAAAGAACUUGACCUGAUGUGCUUAAUACUCAGGUAGGGGAGGGAAGAAUACUUGAAAAUAAGGAGCAUAGAUUGCUGGCGGUCGGUGAUGUGGUUAGUCUAGCUCAGGUUUAGAGCCUUUUUUUAAAAGGUGGGCAACUUCCUGCUGCUUGUCUGUUGUGUUUCAAGUUAGGGUCUGCCUAGGAAAAACCACAGCUACAAAAUCUGUCAGCCAUCCUAGAAAACGGAAGUACUGUAGACCCGUUUCUGAGUUUCUUGGAUGUAAUGUUUCUCCCCAACUAAACUGAGGAUAUAGUUUGUGUGUGGGUGGCUUGGUUGGUUGUUUGUUUUUAAAAAUAACUUAUCAAAUGCGUUACUGCUGGAAUAGAUGAAUGCGGAAUGCCUGGAACAUCUGCGAUGUCACUGUGAAAUACAAGGCGUACAGAUGAGGCUUAGCAUUCGGGCGCAAAUUCAUCCCUGCACUUUUGCAAUCGCCUGUUAUGGUCCUUCGUGGAACCUGGAGACAGAACUUUGCCCUGAACUGUGAACUUCACUUGGCGAGGUAGUGGAGGGAAGGAAGGAGAAAUGUAGGUACUAUGGGCCUGAAUCUGGUGUAAAUGAGGAGCCACUCCAUGGCAGUAAAUAGUUACACCAGCAUAAAUGGGAUGAGAACUGGACCCAUUGUAGCUGAUAACUGGAUUCCCAAACCUAGGUUCUUUAUUUUAUGGGUGUGUCAGUUUUUUUUUUACUUGAAAAAGUUACUAUAGAGCUCUGUUGCUCUAAUGUCUGUUACUUGGAAUGCUUGACCUUUUGUGAAAAGUACUGAUAGAAAAGUAUGAGCAAAUCCUUCUUCAGACUCCUGCUAGGAUCCAGCUCUUUGCUUUCUUGCCAAUUAGUGUCCGUAAGGAAGACCGGAGUUACCGGUAAGUCAGAUCUAGCUAUCUUACACUGCCAGGUAGGAUAGAAAGGGAGAAUGGGAAAUGUACAGUAGCUUUGACAGCUGAGUAUUUUCCUCAAUUUCUUUACUUAGGUUUGUUAUGGAUUGAAUUUUCCAACCAGGAUGUUGGCAGUUGACAUCUCAUUUCUCAAGCACUUUUUAUGAAAAGCAAGUUAAAAUUGUACACAAACUAACAAUCCUGCUAGUAAACCCAACAGGUGAAUAGUUUUAACUACGUACAGGAGCACUCUGUUCAGAUGAGUUCAUUUUGCUCAAUCUACCAACCACUGGAAUUUUGGUUAUGAUCAGAAAACUCUGAAAAUUGCAUCUUGUUGCCCUACUAAUCUGAUUUUUCCAGAUCAACUCAUUCCCCCCCACACACACACACACCUCUCAAGUUGCCAGCAUGACAACCUCAACCUGAUCAAUUAAAAAUGGAGUUGUGAUCUCCCUGUAUCAUCUAAAGUUCACUGUUUUAAAUGCACGUGGCAGAAUGUACUAUGGAGCUUCUGGGUUUUUUGGCAACCCUGAUUUCAUAAGGCUUUGACUUUUUUUACUGCUCAGUAGACAGAGCUACACAAUCCAAAUGUGACCAUUUAAAUCACUUUUCUGAAUGUACGCACAACUUAAGAAAUGUAAUCAAACUUUUUUUUUAUUUCUGCCACUUCCCAGUAACCAGUAAAAUUGCAGCAAUCAGUUUUCAGUUUUGGCUCUGGCCAAAAGUGUUAAAGAUCCCUUUUCAGAAGCAACCAAGACCUGUUGAAUUUCAAGGGCCUUAGGCUCCUAAGCUACGUGGGCACUUUUGAGAAUAGUACCCUUUCCAGUCUUGCAACUGGAUCAAUGCAGAUCGUGCCUGCCCGGAAUCCCAUCAUGGUCACUGUUUUAGGGGGUCACCUGCACAAAACAAGGUCUUGGUGAACUUCCUGGUUGGCUUUAAGCAAUCGGCAGAGCAAGGAGCUCUUUCUAAGCUCUGCAACUCAGUGGCUGUCCCUAUUUGACUUUCUAGGAAGGAGGAGAAAACUCCUCUCUUCAUGAUAGCAGCAGCAGGAUGAGGGAAGGUCAUUUUUGUUCUGAUUCUCCUUCCUCCCUCUCCCCUGUCCACCUUGACUUUAACCAUACUACAAAUGUCGUACCACAAAUCACAUAAGGUUUCUCCUGGUUGACCCCCCCCUUUCCAAAUGCACUCACAGAAAGAACUCCAAAUAUGAUUUCAUGCUGCUGUGUAGACAAGUACCAAUCAGUCCUGUGACAAUCUUCAGCUUCUGUAAUUCACAAUUGUGGAUGUGGGGGCAUCGUUUCCCAGCUCGCUGCCAAUUUAAAUUUGAGUUUGGUUAAACCCUUUCCUUUGGAAAGGAUUAAUCAGAGCUUCUGCACACGCAAAUUUAAGCCAGGCAAUCAGCUCAGCUCUGUGCAUCUCACUCCCCACGCAUUUUUACAAUGAUCAUAGCCAUAAGAGCUGCUUUCGUAUUAGUCAGCAUCUUCUUUAUCUUAUUGCUCUGCUUCCAAGACUUGUAACUGCAUCUGCUCUCCCUUCCAACCAGCUCAGUACUAUACUAUAUGUGAUUAAGUGUUGAGUUUACAAUCUUAUUCUCUUGAAGCCAGCGUGCACUCAAUCUGCAAUCUACAAUAUGCAUGGAGCACACAGAAGAUCCUAAACUUGCAAGAAACCCAAGUAAUCAAUCCUGAAACACUGUAGCGGGGCAUGUUUUCAGCUACAUUUAAUAUAGCAAGUUUUAUACUGAGUGGGCUCUCUAGAACUGUGAGACUUUGUCACUCCAAAGUUGGGAUCGGUUACGUUAACUCAGCUUCCACCAAAGAUUGUCCUGUAGGAGAGUUGGUUAUUGUUUGGGUUUUUAUUUAAAUCAAGGCCUCUUUAGGACACCCAAAGACUCCAAAGUAUUUUCACCGUGUAAUCUUUUAUUCUGCUUUUGAAACACAUUCCUGAAUUAUGAUGAGCUGUGGUGGUGAUCCUACCAAACCACAGCCUUUCGUUUUUGUGUUGUGUACUGUAAAUGUUCUACUGUUAUAAUAAAUCUAGAUGUGCCGCCUGUGAAAUUAGAGGGGUAAUCACAGAUUACUCUCUCCUUCCCCCCCCCCCAAAGAGAGAAAAUUAGAAAAAGGGAUUCAUAAUCUUAUGCAGGUAUAGGGAGAGUAGAUUAUGUUCUGGGUGAAGAAGCCUGAUGAGGAAAUAUCCAGUGGAUCUGAAUGAGGCAGAUUCCACUAAGCAUUGACGAAGAUAGUGAAAGACGUUCCUAAUGUGACGUUCAAAAAGACAGCGAAGUCUUUCUUAAGGAACAGAGAGCCUGAGUUGGACAUGUCAGAUAACUGGGAAUACAAUCUGCAUGUCACUGUAGGCUGUGUAUUGUGAGACCAGAGCUUCAUUUAAAUCCCAUUUUUAUUAGGGUGACAUGGGCAUGGUGUUGGAAAUACCUCGGACUUGCAGACUACGGGAGUCCUGUUGCACUCCAGGUGUGAUUCCGCUAUGUUGCUGGUAGUCUUGAUGGAGAAAUGUUAGAGCUGUAAACUUACGUCCUUUUUAUUAAAAACCUUAUCUGAAUAAAAUGUA